AUGUCUCUGCUUCUCAGCCGCCUUGGGAAACCUGCGUUGGUGAGAAGAUCAUCUCUUCUUCUUCUCUCCAAUGGUUUCUCUAUUUCCUUGCGGCAAACUCCUCCGUGCUCCAUCUUCGGCGCUGAACCCUGGGGAUGGGGUCUUGGAAAACUAGUGAUUUGGAACGCUAAUGAAUCUAACUAUACUCGUUUGGAAAAGAGAGUGCCUCCGGAGUUGCUGUUCAAUGAUCUGUUUAAAACAUUGGUAACGAUCGGGGCAUCUCAUGGCUGGGUAGCUACUACGAAAGACGACGGGAUCCUGCGUCUCCAAGACGAUCUAAACCCCGUUGCAUCCGAUAUAGACCCGAAACGCAUCCCUCUGCCUCCUCUUGUGACUCUGCCUCAUUGCCAAACCCAAAUCGUCACCAACGUGGCCAUGUCCUCUUCUUCUCCAGAGGAUGAGGACUGUGUCGUGGCUGUCAAGUUCUUGGGACCGCAGCUCAGCUUUUGCAGACCCGCGAACAAACCGGAGUGGACCAACAUCAGGAUCGAAAACCCCUGA